UUAAGUAGCUGCUAGAAGUUAUAUAUUUUUCUUUUGGAGGUGUUUCCAUGGAGAAAUGCAUUCCUUCGGGUCGGGUUCAAGAGACCCAUCGCACCCAGUUCCCUUCCAUGUACAAAGGUUGUUUGAUCCUUCCAUGGCCUGCCCAUGUAACUAGCCCAUGGUUUGUACGUGGAACCACCUCCUCUUCAUCAAUGGAAGAAAGUGUAGAAGCAAGGGCCAUAACCACUUCAAGCAGCCACAGCCAGGCUGAGAAAAGGCGUAGGGAGAGGAUCAAUGCGCACCUGUCCACACUCAGGCAUCUCAUCCCAAGUGCAAGCAAGAUGGACAAGGCCUCUUUGCUCGGCGCCGUCAUAGACCAUGUAAAGGAUCUGAAGAGAAAAGCAUUCGAAUUAGGCCAAAGCCUUAUAAUGCCAACAGAAGUGGACGAAGUGACAGUUGAAUGUAACGAAAAUGGCAACAACAAAAUCAAGAACAAGGAAAGCAUCAUCAUAAGGGUUUCUUUCUGUUGCAAUGACCGGCCAGAGUUGUUUGCGGACCUCAGUCAAGCAUUAGAUAGCCUACAACUUAGAACAGUUAGAGCAGAUAUUGUUACAUUGGGUGGGAGAGUGAGAAAUGUUCUUAUCUUGUCUGCAAAGGAUAGUGAAGAGAUUGUAUGCCUUAGUUCUCUCAAGGAUUCUCUAAAAGCAGUUUUGGGUUGGGUUGCUUUGCCAAGAAUGUCAUCCCCAGGUACCAGCACCAACAAAAAGCAAUGUGUUUCAAAUCCAUUUACCUGAAUUAAUCUUCGUAUUUUUCUUCCUUCCUUCCUUUAUUUAUUUAUUUAUUUAUAUAUAAUUUAAACUAAUCUUUGUAUGCUUUUCUCUUUACAUAUUACUUAGGAUUUUGUAA